AUGCCAGAUCCAGUGACUACAAUGGAAAAUAGUGGCGAUUUAUCGUUACCGUUAGAUGUCUGUGGUUGCGAAUUGAUCGACAUUUGCGGUUUCAUUGAAGUUUUGGAAACAUAUUCAAACCCUCGUGACUCCAGGCAACAAUUAAGUCAAGAGGAGACUGAUAUAAAAUGUUUUACUAGUCCAGAUCGAGAAUAUUCCCAACCAUAUACUACCGAGGGAUCCUCGGAGCCUUCCUCAGAUGAAGACUUUUUUGGUCAUCAUAUUACACUAGUUAAACCGCAAGAAUUAAAUUCGCCCGAUAGCAUAGCCGAAGCAAUACUACCGUUAGUUAAUGUUCAGUCGCCAACGCGUAAUGAUGUUAAAAGGCACCCUUCCCCGUACUAUUACGGUGACUUAUAUAAAAGUAAAGUUGACGAAUCUCCCUCCAAACCGAAUUCGUGCAAAAAGAGUUUGAGCCUCGAUAAAUCGGAAGGAGAAAGUUCUGCGCCAUCCAGAAUUUCAGCGUACAAGGGGUCCGAAGCAGAUUACUUAUUAAAUCAAAAUUUAGAUAAUCAAAAAACGUUUCACCAAAUCAAAUACUGGAAAAGCUCAAGUUUAGAUACUCCCAAUAUAGACGAACCUUUCCGAGCCAAGCAAUUUAGUCAAUUAUAUUCCAAGAAGAGUUCGAGCGUCGAUACUCAAAGCACUGACUCGCGUGAUGCGGCACCUGACGCGGUUAUGCCUCCUAAUAGAUUGACCUCACCUUGCGCUUGCUUUACACCAGAUGAUGGAUUAGAUGACGACAUGACACGACAAAGGCAUGUGUAUGAAACUGCGUUUGAUUGUCGCAUCAACAAAUCUGAUGACGAUCUAGAUCAAAUUGAUAAAGUUUCAAACCACCCAGUGCUUGUCCAACUUAACGGCAAUAAAACAUCGCGACUAGAUUCAUGUUACAAAGCAGACUCCUCUAGUAACGGCUACAAAGUAGCUGUCGUUUGCCCUCAGCCAAUCCAAAACGACAAUAAUUCUGUAUCAGCAUUGUCUCAGACAUUGCAAGAUAUGCAACUGGAACCGGCCGAAGAAACGUCCACCACUUCUGGUGUACUAUCGUUACGAUUAAGGGGUUAUACACCAUCUCCUCCGUCCACGGCUCCUCUACCAACCAAAUUUCAUGGGAAAGAUAUUGUUAUGAACAGUAUUCGCAGCGCACCUAACCUCCCCUCGCACCAAAAAUUGCGUUUAAAAGAUCUACGUUUACCCAUUAAAUCUUUACGUGGCCGAUCGCCAGCUAGUAGCAGCGGUAGUUUACAGGCACAAGGAAGCAUUUUUGACAUCGAAUUCGGUGCAAAAAAUAAUUUGUCGGAAUUUAAAGGAUGGUCCGGCCAUCAAGAUAAUUUGAAACACGAAAAAGAACGAAUACUAGAAAUUAAAGAUAGGCCUCGUAAAGAUCUGUUACUAUUAAAAAGACCAAAAGACUUAUCAAAAACCUCUGUCCUAGAAUUUAAGGAACGAAGAAGGCGAUAUAAGUACUCAAGCACUGAAAGUAUCACUACCAGCAGCAGUGGCGGAAGUAUGGAAAGCAUUCGCAGCAGCACCAGCGAAGGAAAUAGAAGUACCACAAGCUCCGAAAGUCACCACUCAUCUUCUCUAAGCUCACACGAUUCCGAUUCAGGAACGAAUACCGGAUUCUCGGCUCCUCAAGCCGGUUUUUUAGCGCACGCUAACAAGCUACAUAUUCUCAGUCCAAUAUCUGACAAAUCCUCGCAGGAACCUAUAUCGGAGACAUCGGACAUCAAUCGAAAUAACAACUCUCAGAAAUGCUCGCCGGAUGAAAUUACAACCCCAGAGAACACAAAAACGAAAAGAAGAGUGCCCCAAAAUAAAAACUUAUUAAAUCUCGGAUUUCAUACGGGUGAUGCAGAAAUACAGGGUUCAGACAGCGGUAUAUCCAUUCAAUCGCGAGAAGGAAUAACGUCCAGGUUUGGCUUUGCAACUGAACUUUCAAUUCCAAAUCAACAGGAUUUUCCCGACCUCCCGUUUGAUAUGCCGAAGUUGCGGAGGAGAAGGAUAAUGUCCCAAGACGCCUGCACCUCUGGUAGUGCGACUUCCGUAGAUUUGCGAGAUUUGCCGUUUGACAUGCCAAAACUAAGAAGGCGAUUACGAAUACAACAAUGUAGCAAUGAAUCGAGUGUGUCCCAAGCGUCAUCCAGCCAGAGUGUUGUAGAAGCUGAUAUGCACAGUAGCGAUUUUCGACCAAAACUUACAUUAAAUUUGACAGAUGUUGGAAAACGUCACAGAAUAGGAUUAGGCUUAGGCCUGGUAGGUUUACGAACGCAUAAUCCCACAACUUCUGAAACAGUCGCAAGUAAUUCAAUUGAUGUCAACGUACCAUUGGAGAAACAAGCAUGGUUUCAUGGGGCAAUCACUCGAGUGGAAGCUGAAACCGUUUUGCGAUUAUUAAAAGAAGGUAGUUAUUUAGUGAGGAAUAGUGAAUCUACGCGGCAGGAUUAUUCUCUCUCACUAAAGAGCGCUCGUGGAUUUAUGCAUAUGAGGAUACAGCGAGAUGGUAAUGACGGUUCAUUCAUUUUAGGACAGUUUAGUAAACCAUUCAGUUCGAUACCUGAAAUGAUUAGGCAUUUCUCAUUGAAUCGGUUGCCGAUAAGAGGAGCUGAACAUAUGUGCUUGAUUCAACCAGUUAUAGCACAGCUUUUGUGAUAAGGGUUUAACAUGGUUGUGAGAGGUUGGCUAAGUUUAUAGGAAUUGCAAAGGAUAGAAACAAAAAUAUUUUAGCAGAUCGCUUACUUUCAUAAAACCUUCGAGAUACUGUUAGUACCUUAGUCUAGGACGUAGUUUUUUUCAGAAUUUUGGUUACGUAAUUGUAGUUUUGUGUAAGUAAGGGAUGUCUACCAUUGGCUUCCAGGAUUUUUCAAAGAGUUUACUUAGAGAUAAUAUGUAAUUAUAUUACGUUUUUACAAUGUAUUCCAUAUUUAAUAUGGUUUGUUUAAUAUGUGCAAUAUCGGUUUGUAGUAUUAUAUUUUUGUGCUGUGUAUAUACGUUAAUGUUAUAUUUGUCCAUUUAAGUUAUGAGAAUAUAUGAUAUAUAAGUUUGAUGUGUGUAUAAUGACAAAACUUCUUGCCAAAGAAAAUGACUGUGAAUAUUUAUACUUACUACUUAUUUAUCCAAGGCACAGGAUUUAUCUCAUGGUGAACGUUACUGAACUUAUUGCAAGGAAAAAUUGUGGAUAUCUAAGAUCUUCUCCUUUACGAAACAACUUCGGUCCUGUAUGUCCAAAUCAUAAAUGAGAUAAAUUUAUGCCUUGAAUACACUCAGUGUUAUAAUAAAUUAUUAUUAUUUACGUAAAAUACACAUAGAUCUUAGAUCAAUGUUGUAGUAGUACAUAGUCUUCUGAGAUUUAAGAGAGGAAGAUGAAGAAACUUCAAGACUACAUAACUUUAAUAUUAAAUUUCUGCUCAAAAUAGUUUUUACUUUAUGACAUAGGUCUUGUCAACAGAUUUUACUUACUUCAAUUACAGUCAGUACAUUUAGAUCAUAAUUCAGGUAUGUGAUUCUGCUACAACUGGAAAUGUAGCAAAAGAUUAAUCUUUAUCUAACCACACAACGAAAUAAGCUUGAACCAUUGAUAAGCACUAUACAUUAUUCAAUUUAGUAUAUGAACAAAAUCCAUAUCACCGGACCGAACCUACACCAACCUACCAGGGAGAUCUUUUUUUAUUAGAAGGUAAGCACAUUUUUUGGGACAACGGAAAUAAUGCAGAAACCUCUAGUCAUAUAAUAUCUUUAAAUUAAGGGUACGUUAACCCCACCCUACCACAUCGUGAGAUACCUACCCAUAUACCUUCUAGUAUAAAAAGUAAGACGCCUUAAACGAUGUUACUGAAUUACUGCGGUUAUGUAGAUUAUAUCUUGGAAAGCCUGGAUACUUAUGUUGUUACUUUAGUCAUGUUAAACUAGUAUUAUUAAUUGUUUUAUUUACUUCAAACUAUGUAUAUAUGUUAUAGAGGUUACAUGGAAAGCAUUAUUUAUAUAACACCUUGUAUAGUUUAUAGAUUUGCGAUAAUUGUGUUAAA